AUUCCAAUUCAUAACAUAAUCAUUUUAACCGCGCAACGUUAACCAAUAGACUGGAACUUGUUUACAGUUCAUCUUUUGGUUUUAUCUCUGUGUUUGUAUCCAUGCUUUUUAUUGUUUACUUUUUAUUUCUUCCAACAAUUAGAUCAGAAUAACAUUGGUACAUCUUUGAAGAUCCAUUGGUGUUGAUUGGAAAACAUUGAUUACCUUUUCUUAUACAACCAUAUAACCCUUACCAUCCUAGUUAAUUGUUUUUGUUAAUCAUCAUGGCUGCAAAUUCAUCUAAUUGCGAGGAUAAUUUAAUGAUAAUCAAUGAAGAUUUUAAUGGAUUACACCUUUUAUCGGGUCCACCGAAUGUUGAUUUAAUCGAUACUCUUAGUCCCAAGAUUCGUGCCCAUACAGUUUCUCGAGAUGGUAAUUACAUCGGUUUCUCGGAUAUUGUUAAAACCAAAUUGGUUGAUUUAAAUAGUCGAACUGUUAUAUUUGAACAAGAUCUUCCUGGUGUUUUAUUCAUGGGUUUAUCUCCUCAGAAUAAUUUUCUACAAGCAUGGAUACACACCAAGACUCCAGGAGAAGACAAUUUAAUGAUUUACGAUCUUAAAUCUAAAGAACGGAUUAAGACAAUGAAACAGAAACAAUCACAAUGGAAAUUACAUUGGACCGAUGAUGAAUCUAUUUGUAUUCGCUUUUUCAAUGAAGAAUUACAUUUCUAUGAGAAUAACGAUUUCAGUAAAUAUGUUGCCAAAUUUUUCGCCCAAAAAGUUGCAGAUUUUAGUUGUACUACAAACGCUAAAUUGAAUAAGCAUUUUUUGGCCUGUUUAUCUCUUGGAGCUCAUGGACAGCCCAAUUUCGUGAGGUUAUAUAAGUACAACGAGUUUAAUACAGCGAUUGCCAAUAAGAGCUUUUUUCGAACCGAUAGAGCAACAUUUAAAUGGCGAACUCAAGGUGAUGCUUUGCUUAUAUUAUGUGCUGCUGAUGUUGAUAAAACUGGUAAAAGUUAUUAUGGUGAACAGAAUUUAAAUUACAUGGAUGUUACUGGUAAAGCUUUUGCCGUUAAAUUGGACAAAGAUGGACCAAUUCAUUCAGUCGAAUGGCAUCCAUCUUCGACUAAGCCUCUUUUCUGUGUCUCCUAUGGUUUUGCCCCACGAAUUGCGUUAAUUGACUCUAAUUGUCAGAUUGUUCAUUCAUUUGGCGAGAUGCACGUUAAUCAGAUUCAUUUUAAUCCCUUUGGAAAUUUAGUUAUAUUUGCUGGUUUUGGUAAUCUAAGAGGUGGACUAUCUGUUUAUAAUGCUGAAAAGAAAGUACUUCUUAACCAAUUGACCAGUCCAGAUACAACUUGGAUCAAUUGGGCUCCCGAUGGUGUCCACUUGUUGACCGCUGUUACCUCACCUCGAAUGAGAGUUGGUAAUUGUUUACGUGUUUGGCAUUAUUCGGGUAAAUUGAUUAAAGAGAUAACUUAUCCUGAUGGUGAUUCGCUUUUACGAUCAAUUUGGAGACCCAAUCAAAUUGAUUUUCCAACAGCACCAAAGAUUUCGGAAACGGGAAUCAAUGUGGCUCAACUGGCCAAAGAAGCUGGACCAGCAAGAUAUGUGCCACCGCAUUUACGAAAUUCAGGAUCAAGUGCCUCAAGUACAUCUAUUAGUGCGUCAUCAGCAUCGCCAUCAAGUUCAAAAGCACCUAAAGGUAAAGGAGGAGGAGGAAGAAGGGGUAGAGGCAGAGGUAGAGGUGGAGGUGGAGGUGAUCGUAGUGAUACCCAAACAAAACAUUCAGCAACAACAAUGACAGGAGACGGAGGGGGAAGAGGCAGUGGCCACACCGGUGGUGGUGGUGGAGAAGGUGAUUCAGUUGACAAUUCUAAAGAAAGAAAGAUCAAAACAAUUGAGAAAAAAUUGGAAGCGAUCAAAAAAUUAAAGGUCACUCGUGACGCUGGUGGUCAAUUGGAAAAGAAUCAAUUGGCUAAAAUAACCAAGGAGAAGGAGCUAUUAUCCGAAUUGAAGAAGCUUGAAAUUACCGAGUCAAGUUGAAUGAUUUACUAUUAUUUAUCUGAUCAUCAUGUUGAUCAUCAUCACAACAACAAUUUAACUUUCAAUUUCAAGUUCGAGUUCGAGUGGGAAAAGAUUUAUGGAUUAACCAUUACAAAAGGAAAAAUGAAUCGGGAUAUUUUUUCAUAGAUAUUUAAUAGUAUUUAUAUUUAUAUUUAAAAAGAACGAAGGAAGAAAAAUGAAAGAACAAGGAGAGUUUUGAAUGAAAGAGUUUCGAUUUUGAUUAGAGAGAGAGAGAGAAAAUGAUGAUGAUUAUGAUGACUGAUGACGAUAAUAUAAUAAUGAUGAUGAGCGAUGAGAGGAAAAAGAGAGGACAAAAUAUAUUUUUUGCAUCUUUCAGCCUUUUUAUCUAAUCUGAAAAUGUUAUUUGUACAUUCGUUUCAAUUAAAUUUGUUUCUUUUUUUCCAAUUAUAACAA